AUGAAACUACAGACACUUUCCCUCGUGGCGCUUUUCUUAAGUACGGCAGAUGGUGUAAGAUUCACCGACCGAUCCGAUCAGACACCUGUUUUAUACCGACCUUCCACAAAAAUUAUUCGAAACUGUGGAAAGGAAAAUGAUCUGCUAUCGAUAGAUUACAUUGCUUUACGUCCUGAUCCACCGCGCAAAGGCGAACCACUUCAUGUGGAUUUCAAGGGCUUUUUGAAAGAAGAAAUAGGAAAUGGUACCUACGUGGACGUUGUGGUCAAAUACCGAGGAAUGCAAAUGCUUCACAAGAAAUAUGAUUUUUGCGACGAAGCCGACAAGUUUGGCGAACGUUGUCCAUUCGAGGCCGGAGAAUAUCGGCUUAGCAAAGACGUGGAUUUACCAGACGAUAUACAAUACAUAGUGCAUAUCGAAAUUGUGACGCCGGAGGAUAAAAGAGUGACAUGUGUUGUGGCACGAACAAAACUUUGA